CUUGUCAAAAAAUUUGCCGACUGCAUUAUUUUGGAUAGCUUAAUAUAGUCGCUUUGCUUUACGCGAAUAAUAAAAACUAAUUAAGGAUGUCUUCACGUUACGAUCGUGCUGUUACUAUUUUCUCGCCCGAUGGUCACUUACUUCAAGUUGAAUAUGCUCAGGAAGCGGUUCGCAAAGGUUCCACAGCGGUUGGUGUCCGUGGCGGCAACUGUGUCGUCUUGGGCGUUGAGAAAAAAUCAGUAGCCAAGCUGCAGGAAGACCGCACAGUUCGUAAAAUUUGCGUACUCGACCAUCACGUUGUAAUGGCUUUUGCGGGCCUGACUGCGGAUGCUCGCAUCCUUAUAAAUCGUGCCCAGGUGGAAUGCCAGAGUCAUCGUCUGAAUGUUGAGGAUCCAGUGACCCUUGAAUAUAUAACAAGAUAUAUUGCACAGCUGAAACAAAAGUACACUCAGAGCAAUGGACGUCGUCCAUUUGGCAUAUCGUGCCUUAUUGGAGGCUUUGACGCUGAUGGCUCACCUCAUUUAUUCCAAACCGAGCCAUCUGGCAUAUUCUAUGAGUACAAAGCCAAUGCCACCGGGCGUUCAGCAAAAACGGUACGCGAAUUCUUUGAAAAACAGUACCGCGAAGAGGAAGUUAGCACUGAACGUGGUGCUGUGAAGCUGGCCAUUCGCGCACUGCUCGAAGUUGCCCAAUCCGGUCAAAAUAACUUGGAGGUGGCCAUUAUGGAAAAUGGCAAGCCUCUGAAAAUGCUAGAUCGCAAAGUUAUUUUAGAAUAUGUGGACAUCAUUGAAAAGGAAAAGGAGGAGGAACUUGAAAAGAAGAAACAGAAAAAGUAAUGCCAAUGCCAUUUUAAUUAGAUGGGGAAUUUG